AUGAAAACAUUGCGGCAUUAUCCGAAACCAGCGCCCAAUAUUAAAGGAAAGAAAUUGGAGACACCUGUCCAAUGGUUUGGCGAUUGGACUCCUGUGUGGCCGAAUGCAGUCCAAAACUUAGCUAAGCAAAAACCAUCAAAAUUCCAGGAUAACGACUCGGGACUUGAGGACGUCGCUAAUAUUGGACUCAGCAUCCACGAUAUUGAGUUCAGGGCGCGUCAUACACCUCGCUAUUUCAACGAAAGCUUUGAUGAUUUGAUAGAGUAUCUCGUCAUGGGUAUUGAUACAUCAGCAAAUCCUGAGAUGUUGAUUGUUAGAGCGCUGGUCGGCUGGCUGAGCAGUCAAAAGCUUAACACGUUCAAACAUUUAACAGGGACGGAGGACACGCCUGAAGGGUGUCUGGCUCUUCUAGCCCAGAGGCGUACAACCUUCUCCACUGUGUUCACCAUAAUUUGUCGGAAAGCCGACAUCACAUGUGUUCAGGUUGGUGGGAUGUGUAAAGCGCUCGGACGAUAUCAACCUGGGCAUACGAACAUGACAGAUUUAGCGUGUCUAUGGAACGCGAUCUACAUUGAAAAGCAGUGGUACAUUAUUCACCCAAUAUGGAUGUGCAAGGCUUUUGUUGGUGCAAAAUCGAACGGUUGGUUCAAGAUUGUAGAAAAGUCCCAAGUCUUAACGAACUUUAACAAAUAUGCGUUCACAGAAUACUAUGUGAUGACUGAUCCAGAAGAGUUUAAAUACACUUGUUUUCCGUUCGAUCCGCAAUGGCAGCUACAAAAGACACCCAUAUCCAGGCAGGAGUUUCUAGAGCAGCCUUUUCUACUGCCCCCAUUUUUCGGUCUAGGACUUGAACUGAAAUCAAAGCAUUCUUGUGUUCUGGACGUAAACAACGGUAAGACUUUGAUCGAAGUGGAAGCUAAGGCGAGAAACUCCAAUCUGUUACAUCUGUGGUAUGAGCUUUCCUUUGGCAAUAACAUAGCCUUGUUAAAUGAAUCAGACAGGGAGUUCGUGGAACCUCAAGUGCUGCCAAGGCACGUGCGAAUGGUUCGGUUCGCAAACAAAUGGAAUUUCGAUAUUCAUCUACCAGUGGAAGGUGUAUACAAAUUCGCAAUUUUUGCAGGGCCUAACCAGAAUCCAUUGGUGAGAGUUUGUGAGUUCCUUUUGAAGUGUUUAACACGCAAACCUAGUUGUCUUCCCCUUCGAAUUGAUCCCGGUUUUAUUGGAUUUGGACCAAAUAUUUCAUCAGAAAGAGUUGGUCUUGUGAUUCCUUUGAAAAGACGUGGCGAAAUUUAUGUUAAGAAGGACGAUGUAUUCAACGCAAAAUUUCUAAUCGAUGGAAAUAUCGCUGAUAAGAUAGAAGUGAAGGCAACGUUUUAUCCAUCCGGAUUUGCUGGUUCAAGAACGGAAAAGGUGUCGUGUGAAUUAAACAGAAAGCAAAGAGAGGUUUCGGUAACUACCACGGUACCAAAAGAUGGGGAGUAUAUUCUGACGAUGUGGACGGCCAGUAACUUUGAACAGCGCAAGCGACAAGGCUAUCAACCAGUCUGUCAUUACUUGUUGACGUCAUAUAUUUCACCAGUCCAAGAGUCUCCCCGUCAAAGACAUCAGAGACGGAAACUCCAAGUUGCCAUGGAAGCUGAGGAUAUGAAUGGAAUGGAAGGUGCGAUACAGCAGUGUAUUAAAGAAGGGAUCGAUCCGGAGGAUGAUGAACUCCAAUAUACCAAACUCAAAUGUCAGAUUCUAAAAGCCAGGAAAGAUAUUCAUGACUGCAUUCUGAGAAAAAAUCUCGACAUUACUCUACAGACUCUGAAAUUUAUUAGGCAGUCGAAACUAACCAAAGUCCUCUGUCAGGAAAUUGUAACUUUGGUUAAAUUAAAGGAAGGACAAGACUAUGGUCAGGUCGGCUCGGACUGGGAGGAGACGGAGUCAGAAUAUUCUCUUCAGUAUUCCCUUAAUUCCCUACAAGGAUGGAAAACUAACUAGAUCAUACACUGGUCACAUCGUUGAUACAAAGGAAUCUCACAUCAUUUAUCUGAUAGCAUACUAACGUUUUCUUUAUUGUUCAUGUACGUAUGCUAAACUGACGAGGGGCAUCGAAAUCGUUGAAAAGCUUCCGAAUGAUUUCUGUUUUCGCCCGUUUUGUACCGAUAAAUGUCCUCUUUUCCUUUCCGAAUUCAGAAGUAUGAAUACACGUUGAAAUCAUUCAUUUUGUUCAAUCGAUAUGAAAAUGUUACAUUAACUUCAUAAUUAAGGUGUUUUAUUUCUUUAUCUAACAUUUUAUCCUCGU